UCCGCUUAAAAUUCUCUAUCACAAUUUGGCUUCUACUGGAGUGUAAGAACCAAAAAUUGUAGUGAUAAUAGCAACUCACUUCAAAAUCUGACCUCCCCGCUUCACUGUCAACCGUCCGAUCUAACCCCUAAAUCAAUAGCUGAGAUUUCGUGUCCCAACUCCCAAAUUAACUCAGGAAGUCAGCAAUCUUUAUCUUCCCUCUCUUUCAUUUUCUCUUUUUGGCUUCUAUGUAUCAUCAAUUUCUCAACUUUCCGAGAAAAUUACACAAUUUUAUUGCAUUUUUAGCUGUUACAUGAACUGGGUCGGAGAAUCCAUCUGGGUAUGUUUGGAUAACGAGAAAAUUUAAAAUGCCAGUGUCAACCAGGUCUCAAAUUGGCAACCAAGACCAAACUGGGUCAAACUCAGACCAGACCCAUUUGAGUGUUCCCUUAAGAAACCCUCAUCAUGGGUUGAAAGAGAAAAUGAAAGCUUUAACUCUGUUAUAUGAGCAGCAAAAGAAAGCUUCUAUGACAAUUAGUAGGAACCCAUCUCCAAAACCGGAAGAGAAGCGGUACUCAACACAUCCAAGCGUUGAUCUCGUCAGUUCUUCCAAGAAAAAAGAAAAAGAUUUGAAAGAAACUAAAGAUUCCGAGCAAGAAAAUAUAAUGAGAGAAAACACAAUGCCUACAGUUCCUACAGUACCUACAUUGCCUAAUCUGAGGUCUAAUUCUACAAUCACAAGAACCUUUGUUUUGCCACAACCAGCUAUACAUGAUGGUAAGGAGAACCUUGUAAUGGGUCCGGAUCCGGUUAUUGGGUUUUCUACAUGUGCAAGAAAGGCUAGUGUUUCAACUACAGUGGCAAGGAAGCUUUCUAUGGGAAGUUCAGUGCCACAGACAGAGCCAAGAGGGUUUCUUGGAAAAGAAAAUAUGGAAAAAUUAGAGGAGAAAAAUAUUGAGCCUAGUGAUGGAAGCCGGAUUCUAGUGUUUGUAAGACUUAGGCCAAUGUUCAAGAAAGAAAGAGACGCUGGUAUGCGUUGUUGUGUGAAGAUUGUGAAUAGGAAAGAUGUAUAUUUGACCGAGUUUGCUAAUGAGAAUGAUUAUCUUAGGCUUAAAAGGCUUCGUGGUCGCCAUUUCGCCUUUGAUGCUUCAUUUCCUGAUUCAACUUCUCAACAGGAAGUUUAUUCUACUACGACAGCUGAACUUGUGGAAGCAGUGCUGCAAGGAAGAAAUGGAUCAGUAUUCUGCUAUGGUGCCACAGGUGCGGGAAAAACAUAUACAAUGCUUGGUACAGUGGAGAAUCCUGGAGUGAUGGUUUUGGCAAUUAAGGAUCUCUUUACCAAGAUUAGACAGAGGAGCUGUGAUGGAAACCACGUGGUUCAUCUUUCUUAUCUUGAAGUUUAUAACGAAACUGUUAGAGAUUUGCUCUCUCCGGGAAGACCUCUUGUGCUUAGAGAAGAUAAGCAGGGAAUUGUGGCAGCUGGUCUCACUCAAUACAGAGCUUAUUCUACAGAUGAAGUAAUGGCAUUGCUUCAAAGAGGAAACCAAAAUCGAACAACUGAACCUACUCGUGCCAAUGAAACCUCUUCAAGAUCACAUGCUAUUCUGCAGGUGGUUGUUGAAUACCGAGUUAGGGAUGCUUCAAUGAAUGUUGUCAAUAGAGUUGGGAAGCUCUCACUGAUUGAUCUUGCUGGGUCAGAGAGAGCUCUAGCAACUGAUCAAAGAACACUUAGAUCACUUGAGGGUGCUAAUAUAAACCGAUCACUCCUUGCAUUAAGCAGCUGCAUCAAUGCCCUUGUUGAGGGUAAGAAACACAUUCCAUAUCGGAACUCGAAGCUUACUCAACUCCUCAAGGACUCAUUAGGAGGAGCUUGCAACACUGUAAUGAUUGCAAAUAUCAGCCCAAGCAAUCUCUCCUUUGGUGAAACUCAAAAUACACUACAUUGGGCUGACCGAGCUAAGGAGAUUCGGACCAAGGCAUGUGAUGUAAAUAUGGGAAUACAAUUCCCACUAGAAUCUGAAACUGAUCAGGCCAGGUUAUUACUUGAACUGCAAAAAGAGAAUCGAGAAUUGCGAGUACAAUUAGCUCGCCAGCAACAAAAGCUACUAACCCUCCAAGCACAAUCCCUGGCUGCAAAUGCUUCUCCAACACCUCCUUCAAUUUCCUCUCAAUUGACCCCUCCAUCUGCAACUCAACCAAAUGAAAAAAGAAAAGGCAGGCCUUCGUUUUUAGCUAGGAACUGUUUUACACCAGAAUCCAGAAGAAAAGGAGAAAAUGAGGUGGUUAAAGAGCUUCAAAGAACUAUCAAAGCAUUAGAGACAGAGAUUGAGAAAAUGAAGAAAGAUCAUGCUUUAGAGCUAAAGCAGAAGGAUGAACGCAUUCGCGAGCUUUCUCAAAGAAAUGACAAACCAUAUGGAGUAGCUUCAGUUGAUGGUGCGAAGAGGAUAGUCACUAGAGCUAGCUUGAGACCAAAAGAAUCAAACAUUGGUGAAUUGAAGAGUCCAAAUCACCGGUUUAAGUCACCGGUUCCAACUGCAAAGAAACGAAGCUUUUGGGACAUAACAACAGCUAACAGCCCAUCUCUAGCUUCAGUAAAUCGGAGAAAAACCAGAAGUCAUGUAAAUGCACAACCUGCUGCAGCUCCUUCUAUGCUUCUUCAGCCAGGUUUUGCUCGACAAAGACUGGACCCUUCGAAGUAGGAGAUUGAAGAAGGAGAGGCCUUUUUCUGUUGACAGUGUCCAUCAGGUGUUCUUUUUUUUUGCUACUGAUAAGACAUCCUUCUGCUUGGGCUGGCAAUUUCACAAGGAAGAAACCAUUAUACUUGGUAGGUUUUCCUGUACUUAUUUGUUGUGAUCAAAAAAAGUCUUGUAGAAUAGAUAUUCUGUUCCUUAUUGUGUUUUUUUAUUGAGCUGUUCCAUUUAUCAGUAAAUAUUUCCAAGAAUGAGUAUUUAUUCCAGAAAUUUUGUGUCUGAAAAACUAUAUAAUUCUUAUUUCCUUUUAUCAAGGAAAAAUCUCUCACAAGAUCA